GGCGUGGUUUGUAAUCCCGCAGGACGCAGACGGAUACAUUUGUAUUAGGGGUAAACGCGGCCUAGACGCGUAUUUAAAAGAUGGCGGACACGGAACAUACAUCGGUCGAAGUUAUAACCGAUUGCGAUAGAACAAGCGAGCCGGUCUCUAAGAAAGCACGUAGUAGUGUUCUUCAGAACUGUGGCCCAGACAUUAUUCACGGAGAGCAAACAAGUACAGACGAUUCGGGCGGGAGUUGUGCGGUGGAGAUUUCAGCACGACCCGAAUAUGCAGAGCCGGAGAUGGGGGUGGCUCAGGCCACGGAGGGUGCACAAGAAAACAGCAAUGAGCCUGUGACCUCGGAGCUCACGGAAGAUUGUUCAAAUGCAGAUAAGACUCUAAUGUCUGGACCUGAAAGUGAGGUGCUAGGGUUAAUGGACGAUGGUUUUCACCGCAGCGGAUUUUAUUCACCUGAAUUAGGUGAUGAUGAAGACUGCUCCUCUCAUGCCAGUUCUAGUGACUGGACGCCCCAGCCACGUAUUGGUUCUUAUCGCUUUAUUCAGCAACAAAUAAUGAGGGAGACUGAUCCACGGACUAUUCUAAACGACCUGCUUCCAGAAGCUGCCAUACCACCUGAUCUUGAUGACAUGACACUAUGGCAGAUUGUUAUAAACAUCUCUGAGCCUCCAAAGAGGAAGAAACGCAAAGAUAUUAAUACCAUAGAGGAUGUCAUCAGACUGCUUAACGAUUGCAAAAAGAUUCUUGUCCUGACUGGUGCUGGGGUUUCUGUUUCCUGUGGAAUACCCGAUUUUAGGUCUAGAGAUGGGAUUUAUGCUCGACUUGCUGUAGAUUUUCCAGACCUUCCAGAUCCUCAAGCAAUGUUUGAUAUAGAGUACUUCCAAAGAGAUCCAAGGCCAUUUUUUAAAUUUGCAAAGGAAAUAUACCCUGGACAGUUUCGGCCAUCACUUUGUCACAGAUUUAUUGCUAUGCUGGAUAAGAAAGAGAAAAUUCUCAGGAACUACACUCAGAACAUUGACACAUUGGAGCAGGUUGCGGGAGUCCAAAGGGUCAUGCAAUGUCAUGGUUCCUUUGCAACUGCAUCCUGCCUUGUGUGUAAACACAAAGUUGAUUGUGAUGCCAUAAGGGAAGAUAUAUUCAGACAGGUUGUUCCCCAUUGUCCAAGGUGCCAUAAUAUCCCUUUUGCUAUUAUGAAACCAGACAUCGUCUUCUUUGGAGAGAACCUUCCAGAAGCUUUUCAUAGAGCCAUGAAGCAGGACAAGGAUGAGGUGGAUCUCCUCAUUGUUAUUGGAUCCUCUUUGAAAGUGCGACCAGUGGCUCUUAUCCCAAGUAUGUCUCAACUUAUUGAUGGCUCUGUUCCACCUGAAGUGCCUCAAGUUUUGAUCAACCGUGAGCCCCUGCUUCACUUGAACUUUGAUGUAGAAUUGCUAGGAGACUGUGAUGUCAUCGUCAAUGAAUUAUGUCAUCGACUUGGUGGUGACUUUGAGCAGCUUUGCUACAACUCUUCUCGACUAAGUGAGAUCACAGACACACCUCCUCCUCUGCCAACUACGUUACCUGAACAGGCAUGUGCUAAAGUCCGAACACCUGAAGUUCAAAAUACAGGACAGUUUUUCACAGAACAAGAUGAGAACAUUGCAGAAACAUCAAAUACAGUAACAGUUAUAGACUCUUGUCCGAAUGCACAGUUCUCAAUUGGUGGGGGUUUGAACACAUCUUGUACAACCGAGGAAGUAAGAUCCUCUCCAGAGCUAGAAAACAGAUCAAGCUCACCUAAACCUUUAACACAAGAAAAUGAUGGGUGUCCUAAUGCACAGCCAAGCCCAUGCCGAGACCGCUCAAAUCAAAAUGCACCAGUGGAGGCUGUUGGACACCGUCUAAAUACACAACAAGAAAGAGAGGAGAUGCUGGAUAUGCAAACUGGAGAGAAGCACACAAAUCAAAGAAAUGACAUUCGCAAACAAUGCUGGUUGAAACAAAUCUGUCGAAAUCCAAUCAGUAAUCGCCUUGGAACCUCCCAAUACUUAUUUCAGGUUCCAAAUCGUUACAUUUUCCAUGGGGCUGAGGUGUACUCCUGCUCAGAAGAUGAGACCUCCAGUUCCUCUGACAAUGAGGGCUCCUGCUGCAGUGGCAGUGGUUUAGAGGAACAAGAAAGUUAUGCAGAGGAGGAAUGCACACCUGGAGACUGUCCAAGCCCUGGGGAGUUUGGUGUUGGAGAGACCGUGAAUGAAAAUAAAUGCAUGUCAAGCAUUCACACAGACAGUAUAAAAGGGAACCUCAAAACGAUGACAGACCUUUAAAAUAUGGUGUCCCUGCUUCUCUAGAAGUACUAUGUAUGUCUUGUGCUUAUUCUGUUUGAGACUGUAUAUUUUUGUACCCCCCCUCUCCCCCCCCAGUCCCACCCUUGUACUGUUACAGCGUGUUCCAAGUCUGUUUGGACAGGGAAGUCACAAUAGUGUUUUUUAUUGUUUAUUCAGUUUUGAUUAGAGAUGAAAGGUUGAUUUAUUGAAAAUAACGGUGACUUUUAUAUUUGGAUAUUUCAAUAUUUUAUGUGCUUCAUUAUUUUCGUUGUAUAACUCUUGUGUCCAGUCCACCAUUUGAUGAGCAUAUGUUUUGGAUAAAUUAAGUUGAUCUCAAUUCA